AUGUCUGAUGAAGAAGAUUGUGCUAAUCUUAUUAUAAAUGAACAGAGGAUACUCGAAGAUGGUGUAUCAAUUAAAUCAACUAAUAAGAAAUGUGAAGUAAAUUGGCCUGUCAAACGUAAGAUUGAUAAGACAUUAUAUAAUAGGCGCCGGAAUGCUCGAAUACAUCGUUUACUAUUACCUAAAAGUGCAUUGGUGGUAUUUUCUGAGUUGUUCCGUGGAGUGCCAAUCCAAAUAGAAGAGCAUAAAUUAUGGCAUGCUAGGGCUUAUACUGCUACAAUUGAGGGUAGGAUAAAUAUUGAUGGCCAGAUGUAUACUGGAAAUCACAUUUCAAAGACUGAAGCCAAACAAAAAGCAUGUGAACAAUUAUUUCGUAGUAUGUUGAGUAAACAAUUAGUCAUGGAAACUGAACAAAAAAAAUAUCCCGUAAAAAAAGAGGCACCAAACCUUAUAGAACCACCUCAGGAGGAUUUCCCAUGGCCACACUUUGCUUCAAUUGCUAUGCAUAAAUUAAUAAAUCAGUGGAAACUACAGCCUAAUUCAGAAGAUAUUAGUUUACAAGACAAACGAUCAUUCGGCAUACCACUAAAGGUUGCUGCUCCCAUGAAAAUGUUUCCUUUAGACCCAACAAAUUACCAGCCAGUAAGUUUAUUAGCUCAACUGAGGCCUGAUGUAACAUUCAACUAUACUAUUUUGCAUCCAGUUAUUCAUGCAAAUUGUGUAAUAGAUGGAAUUCCUUUCACUGGACUAGGUUCAUCAAAAAAGUGUGCUAAGAAGGAAUGUUGUAUUAUUGCAAUAAAAUAUUUUUGGAAUUUUGAUUUCCACAACAAUUGA